AUGUUGUCAGAAGGCUAUCUCUGCAGAAUUCCCUUUCAUGAUUCCUUGAAUGACGUGCUUUGCAACAAGCAGCGAGAAGAAUCGGUGCAUGAGCUGAAGUCUUUAAAUGGUGUUAAAUAUGAAUCAACUGAGGAAACAUGUGACAGAAAUCUGUUUUGGAGGGGUAAAUCUGUUGGCAAGUUGAUCUACUCUGUGUGUUCCAAAGAAAACAGAAGCAGUAGAAGACAAAAGGACAUGGUGGCACAAGCUACGCAAAAAGCAGUGUUUGAAAGGCAAACCUCAGCUGCUGUGGAAACCUGCAUGGGAUCUGCCAUAAGCAGAGACACAUACCUGGUGCCAUCUUCUUGCAAGAGCAUUUGCAAGAAUUAUAAUGACCUGCAUAUUGCUGGUGACCAGGUGUUGCCUAUGAGCUCUGUGAAAUGCAGCUUUACUUAUGACAGUGGGAUUGGCCCAUUUCUGGAAUCAUCAGAGAUCCCACCACCAGUGGAAUCCAUAUCAGUGUCACCAACUGAAGUCCCAUGCAAGCCAACUCAGGGGUAUUCAUCUUGCUGGCAAGUGCCCAGUAUCAUGCAACACCAACAGCCUCUCUCUAAUUCAAUACUGAAUAACUACUUGGAGGAGAAGGUGGCAGAGUUGUACAAGUAUUAUAUCAUGGAUGGCAUGGACCCCACAAACAUCUUGGCAUCAGAAUUCAUCAUGACCAAUGUAGAUCAAAUCAGCAUGAAGCUCUCACAAGAGAGGAACAUGAAGGCAACCAAGACCAGAGAUAUGGUCAUUAACUGCCUACUGCGACUAGCCAGUGAGAAGGUCUCCACUGAAAUCAGCACUCCUAGUCUCCACAUUUCCCAGCUGAGCACUGUGACAAAAUAAUACUUGUACGCAACUGGACAUCUCAACUGUGCACUCACUGCUUGGAAGCCUCCAGCCUUGAAGGUUUCUAAGUGUGUUAUACUUGCCUGGCUGAGGCCUGCAGAAUGGGAGGAACAUUAGAAGUAAUUUUUGCCCCCUUAAC